UGAGACCUUCUGUAUGCAAAGCAGGAGCUCUACCACUGAGCUAUGGUGCCAUCCCAAUCACUGAUGGGAGGAUACUCUCCUUAUUCUUGCAGGUGGUGAGAGACUGCGUGCGGAGGAGGAUCACCCGGCAGGAAAUGCUGAGGAAAUGGAGCCAUGUUGGGUUUUAUCAGGCAAAGGGAAGCGGAACAUUUCAGACUCCUUCAACCAGCGAGAAGACGCCCCUGAAAGCCAGCAGAAUGGCCCUGAAAAGGGGGAGGACAAUUUUCUUUAUUCUCAGGAAAUCCACUGGGGACUCAGUGAAGAAAGACUCCAAGAAAGAAGCCUUGCAGGUGAAACAGAAAAAACAUGCAUCCAGUCUGGAUUAAUCUUUCAGUGCCCAGCUGAAUUAAUUCAGGAUCAGAGGACCCACAUCAGAGUGAAACCAUACGGCUACUUGGGCUGUGCCCAAAGCGUCUGUGAUGAAAAUACACGUGUUGUUCUCCAGAGGAUACACACAGGAGAGAAGCCAUAUAUAUGUUCGGCAUGCGGGAAAAGCUUCGGCAACCACUCAAUCCUCGUUACACACGAAAGAACCCACGGCACUGAGAAUGCAUAUCCAUCUGGGGAAUCAGGCCCCAAAGUGCCUUGUGGUUCUCUGCUCACUAAGGAUAAAAGGAUGUCUGCGAGAGAGAGACCUUACAAAUGCACGGACUGUGACAAGUGCUUUGGCACCAGGGCCAUCCUGAUUAGCCACCAGAGGUCCCACACAGGAGAGAAACCUUACACAUGCCCCGAGUGUGGGAAGUGCUUCAGCAUGGCAUCCGCCCUCAUUCGGCACAAGAGGACCCACACAGGAGAGAGGCCCUACCAAUGCUUAGAAUGCGGGCGCUGCUUUGGCAACAGGUCCGGCUUCAGUACCCACGCGCGGACCCACACGGGAGAGAAGCUGUACCAUUGCCUGGACUGUGGGAAAAGCUUUGGACGGCAGGCACACUUGGUCGACCACGAGAGGACCCACACGGGCGAGAAGCCGUACAAGUGCUCCGAGUGUGAGAAGUGCUUCAGCAGCCUGUCGAUCCUCAUUAAGCACAAGAGGACCCACACGGGAGAGAAACCAUAUAAAUGCCCCGAGUGUGGGAAGUGCUUCAGCAUGGCGUCCGCCCUCAUUCGGCACAAGAGGACCCACACAGGAGAGAGGCCCUACCAAUGCUUAGAAUGUGGGCGCUGCUUUGGCGACCGGUCUGCCUUCAAUACCCACGCGCGGACUCAUACGGGAGAGAAGCUGUACCAUUGCCUGGACUGCGGGAAAAGCUUUGGACGGCAGGCGCACUUGGUUGACCACAAGAGGACCCACACGGGCGAGAAGCCGUACAAGUGCUCCGAGUGCGAGAAAUGCUUCAGCAGCCUUUCAAUCCUCAUUAAGCACAAGAGGACGCACACAGGAGAGAAGCCGUACAGAUGUUCAUUCUGCGGGAAAAGCUUCAGCCAGAGCUCGAGCUGUAUGAAACACGAGAGGACCCACACAGGAGAGAAGCCAUACAAAUGCUCGUGCUGUGGGCAAAGCUUCAGUCAGAAUUCCAGCUGCGUAAGGCAUGAGAGAACCCACACAGGAGAGAAACUGUUUAAAUGAGCCUGUUGUGAGAGGAAAAAGUUCAUUCAGCAGCAACAACAAAUAUUUAUAUACUGCUUUUCAACAAAAGUUCCCAAAGUGGUUUAUAUAGAUAUAAAUAAACAAACUCUUUCCCUUCUUUAAAAGCUGGGGGCAGGGUGGUGUAUUGCUAUCUCACUGGAGCUCCAAUGCUCUGCUGCCUGAGGUGACCACCUCACGUUGCCUCAUGGACGAAGGGAAGAGAGCUGGUCUUGUGGUAGCAAGCAUGACUUGUCCCCUUAGCUAAGCAGGGUCCGCCCUGAUUGCAUAUGAAAGGGAGACUCAAAGUGUGAGCACUGUAAGAUAUUCCCCUCGGGAUGGAGCUGCUCUAGGAAGAGCAUCUAGGCUCCAAGUUCCUUCCCUGGCAUCUCCAGGAUAGGGCUGAGAGAGAUUCCUGCCUGCAACCUUGGAGAAGCUGCUGCCAGUCUGUGAAGACAAUACUGAGCAAGAUGGACCUAUGGUCUGACUCAGUAUAUGGGAGCUUCCUAUGUUCCUAUGAAGGGCCCAUCCCCAAUUCAGGGCCAAACUAGAUGUCCUGAGAUCUGAGUCUUGGCUGUAUGUCUAAACCAGUGUUCUUCAUUGCAAGGCCCACAAGCCAGUGGCUGCUUCCCCUGACCCUAAGUGUGCCCCCGAUUAUUUAUUAGGCCUAAGCAAAACUUCGGCCAAAGCCGAAUAAUCCACAUCUCCCCCAGCACUGUUCAGAACCAACAAUUACCACCACACAGUCUUCUGUACUCCUCAGCUUUUGUUCCUCCCUCCCUCCUUCCUGUCUUUCCUUCCACUAACAUAUUUGUAUAUCACCCAUAACUUAAGUCUCUGGGCAGUUUACAAUAAAAUGCAAAUUACAACAAAUAAAAAGGUUAAAAAACAUCACAAUAAUUUAAAAUUUAAUGUUAAAACUAUUAAAACAAACAAACCAACUAUUAAAACAGUAUCAAAUUAUCUCCACAGUAUCUUCACUUGCCUUUCCCCGGCCAGGGUUCCCAAAUGUGGGUUUGGCGUGGUUGGGAGAAAGACAUCCGAGAGAACGGUGCGCUGAGGAGAAGUGGCGGGAGGAGAAGAGGUUUAUAUAUUUUAUAUAUGUGUUUCUCUGUCUUUGCAUCUCAUCCGUGGGACACCCAAGGCAGCUAGCAGCAGCAGCAAGACUUAGAAACACUUUUAAAAAGAAGAAGUUGCAGAUAAGUUUACAGAAAACCAAGAGGUGAAUACAUAUUCAAGAAUCAGUCAUGCCGUAGGUUUGGCCAUAUGCAAACAUUUUUAUUUGGUGCCUAGAAUCCAUCAGGGAAGGAGCCUGUGAGCCAAAUUAAAAGGUGCCUCUUUGCCAAGUUAGCAGGGGUAUACCAUAUAUGCUUUUGCCCUUUCUUCCUGGCUGUCAGGCAGAAGCAGACUUAAUCUGCUCAUUACUCUGGGAAAUCCACGACUGAUUUCCAGAUACAUAUGUCAACUAAACGCAGCUGAGAAUACAUGCAUAUGAUAUGAAGCUGCCAUAUCCUGAGUCAGAAUAUUGGUCCAUCUAACUCAAGAUUGUCUACUUUGACUGGCAGCCGCUUUCUAAGAUUCCGAAGAGGGAUCUUGCCCAGCUCUACUUUGUGUUACUAUGGAUUAAAGCUGGGAUCUUUUAUGUACAAGGUAUGUGCGCUACCACUGAGCUGCACUCCCUCGCUGAAAGCAAGAGCUUGCACAAACUGGCAAGUUCAUGGUGUUGAUAAAGAAGUGUUUAAUCCAGGCCCACAAAUAAGUGUAUAAAAGUUUGGUUCAGGCUCCUAAACAGAAUGUAAGGCCAGUAGGCCAGAAUGAAAUUGUUUGAGUCAAGGAUGUGAGGCCCAUCAGCCAAGAGGUAAAAAUACCAGAGCCUGACAGGAGACAAUGUAUGUGACAAGGGUCACGAGACAAAUCCCCCACUCAAUAGAAAAGAAAAAUAGCUGGCACCAGGAGAUACUGAUAAGGAGUAGGGUCAGCAGAAAGGCCAAACAGUAACUCAUGUCCAAGGCUCUAAUUGGCACCACGGGAAAACAUAUGUUUCACCACAAAUGAUGUGUGUCGAUGGAUGUACUGACUUGCUUUUAACCUAUAUAAACUGACAACUGUGUGCCCUGAGUGCGCAGUGCUUGUCAGAAUUCUGGCUUGUACUCUGCCUUCAUGAUUGUGAAUAAAAGCUAAUUUGAGCA